AUGCUUAAUUGUCAAAGCGAGGUGUUCCAUGAAGAGAUUUGUCGUCUGCGUAAUGGUGAGGAAAUUAAUCGAAAAUCUUUUCUUUUCAAGUUCUGCCCAUACUUAGACCAGAUUGGUCUGCUGCGAGUAAAAGGUAGAAUUGAUGCUGCUGAGGGUGUUGCCAUUAAUGUCAAGCGUCCAAUAAUCCUGCCACGCAAGCACGACGUAACGCGACUACUCGUCGACUUCUAUCACAGGAAAUUUCACCACCAUCACAACGAGAUCGUCGUCAACGAGAUGAGGCAAAGGUUCUGCAUCUCCGCCUUAAGAAGGCUGGUAAAAGAAUGUGCUGCAAAAUGUCAAACCUGCCGGAACCGUAGGGCUUCUCCACAACCUCCUCAAAUGGGAGAUCUGCCAAUGGAACGUGUGUCACCUUUUACCAGGCCGUUCACCUUUACAGGGGUUGACUAUUUCGGACCAAUGGACGUUGUAAUUGGCCGCAGGCGUGAAAAGCGGUGGGGUGCUUUAUUCACAUGCCUUACCACCCGCGCAGUUUACAUUGAAAUCUCACCUACUUUAUCUACCGAGUCGUUUUUGCUGAUUUUUAAACAAUUUGUGAGUCGCCGUGGAGUACCGAAGCGAAUUAUAUCGGACAACGGCACCAAUUUUCGCGGUGCUAGUGUACUUCUAGUAAAAGAAAUUGAAAGAAUAUCGUCGGAUGAUAUAGAAAGGAAAUACCCUGAAAUUGAAUGGAUUUUUAUUCCCCCCGCUUCACCACAUAUGGGAGGGUCAUGGGAGCGCAUGAUACGUUCUACGAAAUCGAUUCUAAUGGACAUUCUACCAGAUUUCGGUAUGCGAGAGGAGGUGUUAAGAGCCGUUCUAGCCGAUAUCGAAAACAUUUUAAAUUCAAGGCCACUGACGUACGUGCCGCUUGAUUCAGCCGAAGAUGAAGCUCUUACGCCAAACCACUUUCUGACGGGACACUCUAGUGCUAUUCGAGAACUAACAGAUAAUACCAACUCUGGAUCGGCUCUACGGCAAAACUUUAAAAUUUCUAGCCAGUUGGCUGACCAAUUUUGGAGACGCUGGGUUAAGGAGUACCUCCCCUGUCUUACCAGACGUGCAAAGUGGUAUCAGCCACCAGCAAACCCAAUCAAAUUGAACGACGUGGUGGUCAUCGUAGACGAAAACUCCAAGAGAAAUUCGUGGCCGAAAGGAGUAGUAAUAGAUAUGAAUUUUGGUAAAGAUGGCUAA